CGAUGUAACAAGUCUUCCAAAUAUCCACUGGGCUAUCAAGCGCACGGUUUUUCUCACGAUACAUUGAACGCAACACUCCCAAUACGUUAUCACGUGACUCUUUGUUUUGCUCCUUUUUCCGGUUUCAUCCAGGCAUUUCUACUGCAUCACACGGCUGUAAAAGUUUUUUGUUUUUUUAAAGGCACUUGCAAACAUAUCAUAUAGGAACAUUUUAAUGACAUGACCAAGUCGACGUUUUAUCAGGCAAACCUUGACGUUGCGUUGACAGAGUAGGCGUGUGCUAGCAUAGCAAUCACACCGUGGGAGCAUGGCGGCUGUGGACAGCUUCCACUUGCUGUACAGGGAAAUUUCCCGUUCGUGCAGUUUUUACUUUGAGACGCUGGCCGUGGUGGGUGCUCUGUAUACGGCCAGCAGGGCUGUCAUCCUGCUCAGAGACUGCUGCGUAUUGGUUAGAGUGCAUUUCCUACCCAGAAUGAUCCCAAGUAGGAAGCUUACCCAAAGAUAUGGCGAGUGGGCUGUCAUUUAUGGUGCAUCUGAGCCUGUGGCCCAGGCCUAUGCAGAGGAGCUGGCCAGGCAGGGCCUAAGCAUCAUUUUUGUCACCCAGGACCGUACUGCAAUUGGAGACUUUGCCAGACAUCUCUCCCAAAGCUACAGUGUGGAAAUUCUCCUCGUCUGUGCCGACCUCUGCUGGGACGCGUUGGCCGGCAAGCCCGUCAAAGAAGCUCUGAGGGGUAAAGACAUCGGUUUCCUGGUCAACUGUGUGGACGAGUUGUGCGCUUCACCCCAGAGCCUGAUUGAGAUGCCUGAACAGAGACUUAUGGAUGUGGUGGCGAGGAACCUUGCGGCCGCCACGCUGCUAACCCGCUUGGUGCUGCCGGGCAUGGUGGAGCGCAGCAGAGGUGCCGUGGUCAAUAUCUCCUCUGGUGCUUGCUGCCGGCCGCUACCUGGAAGAGUGACGCUCACCGCCUCCGCUGGCUACUUGGAUUACUUCUCCCGAGCUCUCCACGUGGAGUACAGCGGACGAGGGAUCUUUGCUCAAAGUCUGAUUCCAUUCCAGAUCGCCUCCAGUAAGCGUGAGCCGCCAUCGUCCACAGAAGGCUGGUUCGCACCAACACCGGAGGUCUACGCUCGCCACGCCAUCUCCACCCUGGGCGUGUCCAACAGAACCACAGGCUACUGGCCGCACACGCUGCAGUUUGGACUCAUGAGGUGCAUCCCCGAGUGGAUUUGGGUUCUGGGGUCGCGAAUGUUUGUCGGUUUGAGUUAAAAUGAGGCUCCUCCUCCCGCUUCCUGGAUUUCACCUAUGUAGAAUUGUGAUCAGGUUGUAAAUGUAUGCAU